AUGGCCGAGUUCGAGACUAUUGUGGUUGUAGGUGCAGGUGUCGUCGGACUAUCAACCGUACUAUGCAUCCAACAAUAUCUCAAGCCCUCGCAAUCGGUGCUUCUAGUAGCGAGGGAUUUUCCGUCUGACACGUCUGUCAACUAUGCAUCGCCAUGGGCCGGGGCUCAUUAUCGUCCCGUGCCCGGCUCCUCCCCACAAGCGCUCCGUGAGGCAAAGCAGGCGCAGCGUACUUAUGAGUUCUUUAAAAUAUUAGCCGUCAAUGAGCCAGCUGCUGGUAUCAUCUUCCUCAAGGGCGUGGAGCAUCUCGAGGCUCCGCCGCCAGAGUACUUGGACUCCCAGAGUGCGCACAAUGUCUAUUCCCACCUGGAUGAGUUCCGAUACUUGUCGGAUGAUGAAGUACCCGCAGGAGUAAAAUGGGGUGUGGAGUAUGGCACAUAUGUGGUGAACUCGCCUGUAUACUGUGCGCACAUGCUGCGUAAGUUCAUCUUGAAAGGUGGCACCACGAAACGAUAUACCCUCGCACAUUUGAAAGAGGCCUUCUCUCUCGAUACAAACGUCAAGACAGUUAUCAACUGCUCGGGUCUCGGCUUCGACGAUCCGAAGUCCUUCAUCAUCAGAGGCCAAACUUGCCUCGUCCGAAAUCCCGUCUCAGCGACAAUCACCCGCCAAAACACGGACGGUUCCUGGUCCUUUUGCAUUCCGCGCCCGCUAGACGGAGGGACCAUCAUUGGCGGCACUAAGCAACCACACAACUGGGACCCUAACGCGUCUCCAGAAACCAGAGCCCAGCUUCUUGCAAAGGCAUCCAAAUGGUUUCCCUUCGCCUCCGAGAGUGGGGGUCAAUUCGAUGUCAUUCACGACAUCGUGGGCCGACGACCCGCCCGCGAAGGCGGCAUGCGUAUUGAAGUCGAGAAGCUGGAGAACGAGAAGCAGAUAGUUCAUGCCUAUGGAGCUGGUGGGCGGGGCUUUGAGCUCUCGCAUGGCGUUGCAGAGGACACAGUUGCGUUAAUGCUGGAGAAUGGACUGCUAAAGGAGAAAGCCGUGUUGUAA